GGAUCCGAGGAAGAAACGUGCCAGGCGAAGGAGGAGUAGCGAACAAAAACGGCCGCCCCCGUGGCGGUUCCGUUCAUCUCUAUCGUACCCCGCGCCGUCGCCGUCCACGCGAACAAAACAGCGGACGCACGCAACGCAAGCGACGCGACCCAGCACGCCCAGUGCAUGCAUGUAUAUAUGAUCCGGUGGUGGAGGCAGAGCGCGCUGGAUAGUAACUGAGAGCGAGUCGAGUCGAGGCGAGGCGAGCGAUAUGGAGGAGAAGGGCGCAGCGGCGGUGGCGGCGAGCGGGGAGCCGGGAGCGGCGGCGGCGGCGGCGGAGGAGGAGGCGGCGAUGAAGGUGGUGGUGGCCGUGGACGCGAGCGAGGAGAGCCUCCGCGCGCUGGCGUGGGCGCUGGACAACGUCAUCGGGAGGCGCCGCGCCGGCGGCGUGUCGGUCGUCGUCCUCCACGCGCAGCACGGCGCCGACCACUUCGUCUACCCCGUCGCCGCCCACGGUAUCGGUCUCGCCGUAGCCUAUGCCCCGACCUCCGCGAUCGAGUCCAUGAGGAAGGCGCAGGAGGAGAUCUCCAGGAAGGUCGUGUCCCGCGCGCUGGACGUCUGCAAGCAGCGAGAGGUGAACGCGAUGGGCGCCAUCGUGGAGGGCGACGCCAAGGAGGCCAUCUGCCAGGCCGUGGAGGAGAUGCACGCCGACAUGCUCGUCCUGGGAAGCCGCGGCCUAGGCAAGAUCAAGAGGGCGUUCUUGGGCAGCGUCAGCGACUACCUCGUCCAUCACGCGUGCUGCCCCGUCCUCGUCGUGAAGCCGACCAAGCCGCACGACAAGUGAGCUCGAAUCUGCCGCUCUUUUGCUAGUGAUGGUUACGCGGCGAGUCGGUGGCUGCUUUUCUGUUACUUGUGCUGAAAAUAAAAAGGAUAUGUUGAAUCCUCUGAGGCAGCUCUUAUGUUAGAUGUAACGUGCAAACUGAAACAAAUAGUACAUGAGCAACUGCUGUUGAAGCUUCUGA